AUGUCCGCAGGCGCGGUUGCUUCUUCUUCUUCUUCGGCGCCGGCCUCGAGGCAGCCAGCAGCCGCAACAGCCGCCCACUACCGCGAGGUGCAGCUGCCCGACGAGCUGGCGUCGGCCGUGUUCCCCUCCUCGCCGGCCUUCAUGACCGACGACGAGCGGCGCGCCGCCGACCAGGCCGAGCGGGAGCUCUACCUGGACCGGCUCGACCGUCGGCUCAAGGGCAUCGCCCGCCGCCGCGAAAAGGACCGCAGGCUUGCCAGCCGACUGCAGUUUGCUGGUGGUGGUGAUGCCAUCGGAGCCAUGAUGGCGGGCAAGGCGCGAUCGGCGGACCAGUGGGCGCACGUCGGACUCAACCGACACUGGGAGGAGGCCGAGGCCGAGGAGCGGAUGCGAGAUCGCGAGCGCGAGGCCGGCAUUCUCGCGGCCUUCCGCGAGGAGCACGCGGAGGCGAUGAAGCUGGCUUCUUCUUCUUCUUCUUCUGCAAGUCCGCUGACAGCGGCGGCGGACGCGGAUGACGACGUGGUGCCCAUCCUGCGGUACUGGCGCUAUGAAGAGGGUACGAUCGGCGGCGGCGGCGGCGACGAAGCCAACGACGAUGACGAGACGGGCGGUCAUCGUGUACACCAUCAAACAGACGAGACCAGGGAUGAGGGCGAUGAUGAUGACGAUGAAGAAGACCGAGCGCAGCAGCGCGUUGAGGGAUCCGUGGGGAAUCCGCUCUUGUGGGACGACGACGGUGAUGAUGGAGGAGGACGAGAGCCCGGAUUGACGGAACGAAGGCGGAAGGGGACCAAGAAGCAGCAGGAGGAGGACGGGCCAUGGUCGGCGUGGCUGUGGUCCUUGUUCUGCUUUCCAGCUGCUGUCUUCGAUGGCUCCAUCUUCCUCUUCCGCGCUACUCACCUCUCGCUCUGUCUCUACGGGCUUCUCCCGGCGGGGCACGAGCAUCUGCCUUGUGCAUCCGUCUUCUUCCUCUACUUCGAUUUUCUCAACAUCUAA